AUGAGUGCUGAAGAAUCUUCAAAACUGAAAGAGCAGAAACUCCUAGAUACUAUUUUUAGUCUUCCAGAGGAGGACUUAAAUGAAAUCAGAGGCAAACCAGAGAAAGUCUUGGAGACUAUUGAUCGCUAUACCAAUGAACUUAGCUUAUCCAUGAACGUGGGCCCAUACAAGGCCAAGAUUGUGAAUGAAAAAAUAGAAGAGGUCUCUCCAAAGUUGAUGGUUGAACUUGGAUGCUAUUUGGGAUAUUCUGCUAUUCAAUUUGCUAGUCAUUUGACUGCUCCUGGUGCCAGGUAUUAUAGCUUUGAAGUGAACCCAGUAUUUGCGGGAAUAGCUAGAAAACUAAUUGAUUUAGCCGGCUUAUCGCAAAAGGUCGAAAUAAUUGUAGGUAAAGCAAGCGAAUCAUUAAUUGCUUUCAGUGAGAACCUUUUGGAUAAAAAGAAAGGCUAUGUCGCUUUCGACUUUAUAUUCAUCGAUCACUGGAAGGACCUAUAUGUACCUGAUUUUCGUCUCAUGGAGUCUUUGAAUUUGAUUGCGCCAGGAACCAUUAUUGCAGCAGAUAACAUCUUUAAGCCAGGUGUACCAGAUUAUGUAAACUACGUGAAUGGAUCGCCUGAAGAAAGGAGAAAUUUUAACCAAAACACUCCCAACAUUGAUGGAGCAGCCUACGUUGGAAGAUGGAACAUACUAUAUGAAUCUGAAACGGUGAUUUCAAAGAAUUCAAGGGGUGACAAGGAUGGCGUUGAGAUCACUAAAUGCUUAGAAUACCUUAACGGCUAA